UCCCCCACUCCUCCUUUUGUCCUCCCCUCCGCUCCCCUCGUCGCCUCUCCGCGUCAGCUACCAUCCCCUCACCGUCGCCGACGCCGCCCUUCUGCCCCUCCAGGGGCUCCACAUCCCCCAAAAUCCGCAGCGCACACCGCCGCCACCGCCGCCGUGGAACCCGAUCUUCUUCCUCCCGCGUGACAGGCGCGGGCUCCCAUCGAUUGGAAGAGCUUGCUGCAUUAUGCAUUUUUGGUGGAUAAUCUUCAUUUGCUCCUGACUCUUCACUUGUUGUUGUCUCCAAAAUGUCAGGCUUGCUGAAUUCAAACCUUAAUAGUUCCGCGUCAAAUCUUACGGACUCAACCGGAAGACCAUUUACAGCAUCCUUUUCGGGUCAAUCCGGAUCAAUUCCAGGCUUCCAUCAUUCUGGUUUGCACAACAUUCAUGGAAGUUUCAACCUUCCAAGUAUGCCUGGACCACUUGCACAAAGGAAUGGUGCAAUGAGUGGCCUUCCAUCCUCUGGGGUUCAACAACCUGGAGGGAGCAUUUCUGGGAGAUUCACUUCAAAUAACCUUCCGGUUGCCAUGUCUCAGAUUCCACAUGCACAUUCUGGUGUCAGUGGUAGAGGGAUGAAUGUUGGCGCAGGUCCAGCAUUUAGUAGCAGCAUGAGUAUUGGUGGUAACAUUCAAAGCUUAUCCUCGAGCUUGGGCGCCGGUGGUAGUCGCAAUUCUGUUCCUGGGAUGUCAGUAUCUCCAUCUUUAGGAAACUUGGGUCCACGGAUCACAAGUUCUGUAGGAAAUAUUGUAGGUGGAAGUAAUAUUGGAAGAAAUAUAAGCUCUGGUGGCUUAUCUGUGCCAAGUAUUGCAUCACGGAUGAAUCUGAGUGGCAAUGCUGCGAGUGGUAGUCUAAAUGUGCAAGGAUCCAGCAGGAUUAUGAAUGGCCUGCUUCAGCAAGCAUCCCCUCAGUUGAUAAAUAUGUUUGGAAGUUCAUAUCCAACAUCUGGAGGGUCAUUAUCACAGAACCAAAUUCAAGCCGGAAAUAAUUCUCUAAGUUCUAUGGGUAUGUUGCAUGAUGCCAAUGAUACUGCUCCAUUUGACAUAAAUGAUUUUCCCCAAUUGACUGGUCGACCUAAUUCCGCUGGUGGUCCACAAGGACAAUAUGGAUCAUUACGCAAGCAAGGAGUUGGUGUUAAUACCAUUGUUCAACAAAACCAGGAAUUCAGCAUUCAAAAUGAAGACUUCCCGGCUUUGCCUGGAUUCAAAGGUAACUCUUCAGAUUAUGCUAUGGAGUUGCAUCAUAAGGAACAACUUCACGAGAAUGUGCCCGUAAUGCAAACACAGCAGUAUCCUAUGGCAAGGUCAGUUGGCUUUAAUUUAGGAAGUAGCUACCCACCAAAUCGUCAGCAACACCUGCAAGGUGCUAAUUCAGUCCAGAAUGCUGGAACCCAAAAUAUUGGACUAAGACCACUCAGUCAAACUCCUAGUUUGGCAUCAUAUGAUCAACUUCUGCAGCAAUACCAGCAACCACAGACUCAAAAUCAUUUCAGGAUGCAGCAGAUGCCUUCAGCUGCACAUUCAUUUCGGGAUCAGAUUCAAAAGAUUCAGGGUGGACCGUCACCACCUGACCCAUAUGGCUUGUUAGGAUUACUGGGAGUUAUAAGGAUGAAUGAUGCUGAAUUAGUAUCUCUUGCUUUAGGAAUAGAUUUAACAACAUUGGGUUUGAACUUGAAUUCACCUGAUAAUCUAUACAAGACAUUUGGCUCACCCUGGUCAAAUGAGCCAGCAAAAGGGGAUCCUGAUUUUCAUAUUCCAGCUUGCUACUUCUCCGAGCAAUCUUCACCAUUACAGCAGCUACUUUUUUAGAAGUUUUACAUAUUAACACCGUUUUACAUCUUCUAUAGCCCCUAGUUUUUCAGAAGCUUCACAUGUUAACCCUGUUUUACAUCUUCUACAGCAUGCCAAAGGAUGAAGCUCAGCUAUAUGCUGCCUAUGAACUAUGUAAUCGAGGAUGGUUUUACCAUAAAGAAUUACGGUCAUGGUUCACAAGAAUCCCAAACGUGGAGCCUCUAGUCAAGACUCCUCUCUAUGAACGUGGGUCUUAUGGUCGCUUUGACCCACAGAUUUGGGAUACAGUCCGUAAGGACAACUUUCUUCUCCAAUACGAGCUGGUAGAGAAAAGGCCAGCGCUGCCUUCUGUAGCGCAAAAUGUUAGAUGAAAAAUUUCUGGGUACCUCCUUGGUCCCGACUCAAUUUUGUCCCAGCUGGAUGGGACAAAGCUCAUAUUCACAUCAGGGCAUCAUUACCUAACUCUUAAGGACGGGGAGAAACUCAAACUAAAAGGUUGUUCUGAUCUGCUGUGAGGAGGCUGCAGAACAGAAGUGGGGGGAUGUCCAGCUGACAGCCCUUGUAAUUAUACUAAACCAGUGGUAGCGAAUGUUGCUUCUUUUUUUUUUUGAUCGUGGGGAGUGCGUACUCCCUGUAAAGGUUCCUAAUGUUCAGGAUUAGUUCCGCCUCAAAUGACAACACGGCUGCUCUUCACAAUGGAACUUCGCUGCUCUGCACAAUGUUCAGUAUUGUGGUGCGGGAGGUGUGUCCACUGGACAUCGCGGAACACGGUGGGUAGUGGGAAAAUACGGGAUGUCGUGUUGUGUUAUCCCUUGACCCUUGGCCCUGAGAACCGACUCGAUCGGCCCGGAGCUUCCGUGCCACCCAGCACCUGGCGUCAUCGACAGGUAGGUAUGUAAACUAUCGGGAGAAUGGGGUGGCCAUUCCCCUCUUGCCUCGUGCAUGGACGUAUUCAGAUUCAUACUUUUUUUCUAUUUACGUGUCUGUCGGUCUGCUUGCCGUGGUCACCGGGAGUCGGGCGGGUCACAGUCGGCUAGUGUUCGAGUUGUCAAUGCCCGGCUUACGGUCCACGGAAUACCCCUGAAUUAGAGGGUGUAUGAUACACACCUGUCACAUCAGA